UAUUCGCAAUCGAUUCCGCGAAUCUUUCUGGGGGUUGUAAUGGCUGCAAUUUGUCUGAAUACCGGGAAGAAGAUUCCCGCCUUGGCGUUUGGUACCUGGAACGCGAGUGGCAUGCCCAGAUCAAGCAGCAGUGAUGAUGAGAUCAUCUUUCAAGUCAUUGCGGCAAAUGGACGCCAUAUUGACACCGCUUCUAUCUACGGUAAUGAAGAAGAUGUCGGAAAGGCUGUUCAACGGGCGUUGAGUAGCGGUUUAGUGAAGCGUGAUGAUCUGUUUGUUUGUACAAAAUUGUGGUGCGCAUAUCACAGUCGCGUGGGCGUGGCCUCAGAGGUCCGACUCUCUUUAGAAAAAUUGCAGCUCGACUAUGUUGAUCUCUAUUUAAUUCACGCACCGUGGUCAAUCAAGCCUGAUUCAGCCCUCAAACCUAAAAGUUUUAUGGAAACUUGGCGAGCGAUGGAGGAGCUGUAUGAUAGUGGAGUGGCCAGAGCUAUUGGUGUGUGUAACUUUACCGUGAAGAAAUUGGACGAGCUUCUUGAGUAUGCUCGCAUCACUCCUGUAAUAAAUCAAGUAGAAUCUCAUCCCUACUUGCAGCAGAAUGAGCUACUUGAAUAUUGUCGAUCGAAAGGGAUUGUUUUUUCUGCCUUCUCACCGCUUGGUUCACCCAAACGAGGUCCCAACAACAGGCGGGAUGACGACCCUAUUUUGCUUGAUGAUCCUGUAGUGUGUGACAUUGCACAGCAGCACAAUGUGUAUCCAGCUCAAGUCUUACUUCAGUGGGGAUUACAACGAGGAGCUGCAGUUGUAACCAAAGCGAGUACAAAAGAGCGAGUCGGGCAGGCGUUAGAUGCGUGCACGUUGCAAUUGUCAUUGGAAGAUGUUAGUCGGUUAGACGGCUUAGAAUGUGGGUUUAGGUACUUGAGAAUGGAGCCUUUCAAACGACCGGGACAGACACUUGCUGAUAUCUGGGACCAAUAGAAAUACGCUGCUUUAUACUGUUAUCAUAAAUGACUAAAGCUUGUCACAUAGCAUACAUACCAACUUGGUGAUGAGUGUUAUUACUAUAGUACGAAUGACAAGAAUCAAUAGCCUUAA